GUGCAUAUAGUGCAAGGAGCUAUUUUCAAGAGUGUUAAAUACUGAAUGUUUCUUUCUAACUGUUUUCCUGUUGCAAAACAGAAAAGGACUGGGACUGUAAACGAAAUAAUUUAUUUAUGUUACUAAAAAUGUGCAUUCUUUUUUUGACACAAAAAACCGCGUAAAAUGCUUAUGGUAUUGGUAUGUUAUAGAGCUGAAUAAUUCAACAUUUAUUAAUUUGUCGGACAAUUUAAGCGUAUGUGCUUCAUAUUACGUAAAUACUUUUCCUACGUGUACGCUUAAUUUAAACGUUUCACCCUAGACGGAUAUAAAUUGAAAUAUUUUAAUUGCUUUUAUUUCCCCCCUUUUUUUUUAAUUUACCUCCAUAUUUAGAAUUACAUCCUUUACCCGACUGAAAUUCAAUAUGUGCAAAAUUUAACAAUUUCAGUAAAGGAUGGGUGCGUUUGAAAUUUGAAAUAUUCACUCCGUCGCUUAAUGUACCCAACGACAAACGUCAUUUGAAGUGUAUUUUCAUUUACUACUGUGAAUUAAGACACCGUGUACUGGUAGUUAAUUGAGAUUUUCGCAGUAAAAUUAAUUAAUUUUGAAUUAUUAGAUGUCGUGUGCUGAUAUCUAACUUAUGUGUCAGCGGAAGGAUAUAUAGUGAUUGAUAUAAGUGCUGACCAUGAAACAAACCACUGGACUAAUAGUUCAUUAUUAUUGAUUAUAUUUAGAAUUUCUGUUGAAACGCGCGUUCUUCUAUCGUAAAAGGAAUAGUGUACAAAAUAAUAAACGAACAGAUACUUAAUCAUUUAAAGAAUAUUGAAUGAUCCCCACAAAAAGGUCAACGAUUCAAAACCUAAUACAAAUAAACUCGGCUCAGUUUUAAAACAUUAAGAGAGGAUAAACAACUAUUCAUCACGACCGCUUCAACAAAUUCAAGAAAAACAAAGAAUUUUUACAGUAGAGAGCUGUUUUGAGUAACAAUUCGCAGUCAGAAGAAACGUAACGUUAUAUAUAGUUGGAUUAUCUCGUGAACCCCGUGCAUAAACAUGACAGGGACCUUCGGCUUCCGUGUAGUUUCUGGGUGUGGAAGUGGAUAUAUUUAUAUAUCAGCAUAUUCUAAUUGUUGACUGGAUAUAUAAUGAUAUGCAACCAGAAUCUGUAUAACAUGCAUAAAGUGUUAGUGCAUAGGAAUAAAUGGAUAUAUACGUAGCAGAAAAUCGAUUGUGUACAUCUUGUACGAUAUAGACCCUCUGCUCUGAAUAUUGCUAUUAUUUGUAUCUAUGUUGAUAGCUGAAAGAAUUCUUAUAUUUCAAAAUGUUGACCUCUUCGAGUUUUGAACCAAGAAUAGAGAAUGCUCCAUGUCCGCCAUUUUUUGUGGAAAAUAUUUACGACAUUUUUAUCAGUUCCGCAGCAAAUAACAACCUUACUGCAAAUGUCACCACAGAGGUAUGGAACAAAUGUUCGUUACAGUAUCCGUACCCUACCACAACAACAGCAAAGCCUACCACAACUUCAACAACAACGCCUACGACAAUUACUACAACCGAAAAGGUAACAACUUCUACCACAAAACAGACGACAACCUCUACAACCGAACAGUCAACAACGUCUGCUACAAAGCCCACGACAACCUCCACGACUCGGCAGACAACUACCACAAAGCCUACGACAACUUCUACACCUAAGCAGACGACAAUUUCUACCACAAAGCUUACGACAACUUCUACACCUAAGCAGACGACAAUUUCUACAACAAAGCCUACGACAACUUCUACACCUAAGCAGACGACAACCUCUACAACCGAACAGUCAACAACGUCUACUACAAAGCCUACGACAACCUCCACGACUGAGCAGGCAACUACAACAAAACCUACGACAGCUUCUACACCUAAGCAGACGACAAUUUCUACCACAAAGCUUACGACAACUUCUACAACUAAGCAGACGACAAUUUCUACCACAAAGCCCACGAAAACAUUUACCACAAAGCCUAUGACAAAAUCCACAACUGAGCAGACGACAACUUUCACAACGAAACAGACAUCUACUCUGUCCACAGAAACAGCAAGAUCUACUACAGAACAGACAACAGUCCUUACUACAGAACUUAUUAGAUCAACACAAACAGCGACAGAAUGCGACAAUUAUUGCCUUGCUCUUACGACCUCGUUUUCUGUCUGCGUAUUCUUAGGACUUUUUGCUAUGGUAUGCUUCUGUGCUAACCGCCGGAAAAGGAGGCAUAAACUUAAGCACAGUCUUUUAAACAAAAGAAAUUGGAAGGGCACGAACGACAAAUAUAUCCAGAAAUUUCCAAAAAUAAGUAGACAAGCAGAUUUGACAAUGCCCCCUCUUGCCUUCGUAAACCCUACCUUUGUAAGUCAUAAUGGAUAUAAACCCGACCCCAACAAUGUUAAUACACCAGGAUAUCAUUAUCACAAUGCAUACAGUCCAAGAAACCAAAGAGAAAAUGAUCCACUUCCGAAUGCUAACGAUUCUCACUACGAGGUAAUUGUGAAUCCAAGACGCCUCUGGAGUCCUGAAGAAGAAUGGAAAACUCCAUUGCCAAAAAUGAACGGUUUUGUGCAUUCUCACAGAACACCUAUUACAAAGCGUGCUCGACAUACAUCUAUCGGAAGCCAUAUUCCAAAAGUUAUCCCGGAUUAUGAAGAAAUUUAUCCUUUUGGUAUUUCAUCCUAUGACACCAGUUCUAAACGAAAUGGUCUUCCAAAAAUAAAUAUCAAACCUUCAGAGAAUAACUGUGACAUGAAUAGUGAUACAAGACCACAACUACCGAGGAUUCCAUUUUCGGAACAGGAAAAUACUAGUAUUGAAGAGGAUUAUUCAAGUAUAGAAAGUUUCGUAUUUCAAAAGGCGCCGUUAGAGGAAAUUCCGGAUAUAAAUAAAAGAGAUGACAGUCAUGUAGUACAAGGUUUACCAAGAAUACCUAUUGAUGUAAUGGAAAAUAGAUGGGACUCUAACCUUAAACCUGCAAGGCCAGGCUUGCCUAGAACGGGAUUAGAGGAAACACAGAGUGGAGGUAGUUCAUUAUACAAUUAUAAUCAAAAGCACGGUCUACCUAGAACGCCAUUUGAAGAGCCACAAAAGAGAGAUGGAAAACACGCUUUUACAAAACAACAUGGCCUUCCAAGAUUACCUCUAGACAAGAUUAGCGAUAGUGUUGUUGAGUCUCGCGAAUUUAGGUCAGAUACAUUCUCUUUAUACCAAGGUAACAGAGACCAGAAAGUACUUUCUGUAUAUAACAGUGUCAUUGAUGCCGACGGGGGCUCACGAGAAAGCAAUAUUUCGUUUCCGUCAAAUAAGACACCGUUUUAUGUCACAAAACUUUAAACAAAGACCGUUUAAAGACUGUCAGUACGUAAUGAUAUUGUUGCAGUAAUUAUGUGCAAUUUUACAAUGUUGUUCUAUUUAUUAAUCAAUAUAUUCAGUAUAAUUAGUACAAAGAUAAAUGGAGAAGAGGUACAAUGACCCUUAUCUAUGUAAGCAUCUAAGAAAGUAUAUGACAGUUGAUUAUUUUGAAAAAAGCUCCAUGAGAUGGCAAAAUGUAAAAAUAAAUACAGGACCUCAUAUCUUCGAUAAAUACCUACGGGAGAAAAUAUAACUAAGGGAGUUAUGUAUUUUUAAAAUAAAACAAUAAAGAAGAGAGCAAUUAUUAUAUAGGGGAUCUCACGUAUGGUAAAGUCAACUGUUCUGAAUGUAAUUAUAUCCUUUAAUGCAAACUAUCUCUAUAUAUUCAAUGUAUCAUCGAGAUCCAGUUAACUUUCAGAGACAGAAAAUAUCGCUUCUCUUGUCCCAAUCAGUUAAAAAGACUUAAAUGUCACAAUUGAUUUGUGAGACAUGAAAACAGAGAUUUGAGUAUAUAUAUGCAAAUGUUGAACCAGUUCGAAUGUGUAGUACAAUUCGGGCUCGUAUAUAAAGCAGCAUCGAAACUAAUCUUAUGGGGUUAGUGGACUUUCUCUGGCAUGUGCGUGUUCGUUUUGUACUAUUAGGCGCUUUGCCGUAAUUGGUCUGGUAUAUUGUGGUGGUGAUCUAUCCAAAAUACUGUCUGGUCGAGGUAGCUAAGUUUGUGAAAUUUCCGAAUUUCUAUAUACCCCACCUUUACUUAUUCGGCCCGCCGUAUGUUACAACUUAGAAGGAAUAAUCAAUCUUUCAGAAUUUUUCUCCUGGUACACUUGCCUGUUCCAUUCACUGUUCAUCCGCCGUUUAUCAUCAUGUACCAGAAUUGUUUUUGUUUUGUUAGAUUUUGAAAAAAGCCUUUUGGAUACUUGAACCGUCGACAACGCGCAAGAACCAAUCUGUAUGUAUUUCAUCUACAAAAGAAUUCUAAACUUCGAGCUGGGUUCACACUCAUAGCGUCGAGAAUGAAAACUGAAGUUUGGUCAUAUUAUGAUUUCUAAACUAUUUAAAAAAUGCUAAAUUGAACCCGGGUUGCUUCGACAAUAAAAGCAUUCGUACCACCUUCAGCAAUACGCUUCGGUGGAAUGAGUCGCGCCAUGAGAAAACUAACAUAGUGCGUUUGUGACCAGCAUGGAUCCACACCAGCCUGCGCAUCCGCGCAGUCUGGUAAGGAUCCAUGCUGUUCGCUAACGGUUUCUCUAAUUGCAAUAUACUUUGAAAGCGAACAGCAUGAAUCCUGACCAGACUGCGCGGAUAUGCAGGCUGGCCAGGAUCCAUGCUGGUCGCAAACGCGCUAUGUUGGUUUUCUCAUGGCGCGGCUCAAAUAAUACUUAACGAUCGUUUAUAUAAAGCUUUUUAAUUAUGGUCUCCGGUCCACAAAUAAGCAAGUUCUAUAUAACAGUGCUAUUAAAAUAUAUCAAGUAUUGAUGCGUGGUAAGCCUGUAUAACUUUAAGUGAACUGUCUACUGAAGACGAUAAUAUAAAUUACAUGACAAAAUAUUUAUAGAAUGAUCGUGUUAGAAUAUUUCUUUACUUCAACAGAAAUCCAUUUAUUACAGUGUAAGAUUUAUCAUUUUACAGUCAAAAACAUGACUGUAGUGAAUCGUGCAUAUUAUUAUGGUCAUUUUAUUUACUAAUUCUUGUUCAGUAGACACAACUCUAUCAAUGAUACCAAAAAAUCAUCGGAUCACAAGACAUCGAAAUUUAACUAUUUGUGGAUCGGAUAGCUUUUAAGUUAGUUUACCCUUAGUCACCCUUUGACAAACACUUUUUAAUUUUGAAUGUAAAAAUUGGUAAUAAGAAAAAAUGUGUAUGUGUUUCCAUAACAUGUAAUCAGUCAGUUAUUAAAACCUAAAGCCUUCUUAAUAGAUAUAGCAAUACUUUUCUGAUAUUUUAAAAUAUUCUUUUUUCUUUGUAGUCGUACGCCCUGGAGGUCAGUCCCCCUUAAGAAAGAAUGUUAACAUAAAGUUAGAAAGAUAUGUAUUUGUAUUACAUUAAAUAUUUUAUCACUUGAUGCAUGUUAAAUAUCUUUAGUAUUUCUUUGAAGCCGAUACAUUCGCUUCUUUUCCGACUAUUUUUAAAUUGUUGAAAAAUAUUGUGCAGUUUUAUACAGUCUUAAAUAAGUAGGAGAACUAAGUGUUAUGUACAUGUAAUAUUUUUUAUAGUUUGUAACACAAUAUUUGCUAUGAAAUAAUACUAUGACUGCAUGCAUACAUAAUUUAUUCUCAAGGUUGUGACUAGAAAUAUGUGCAUUACUACACUG